UAUAAGGCGGUGCUACGGAGUGAGGAGUGGGCUCGCUGUGCGCCUCGCCGCUGCCCCGGUGCCGCGGCCGGGCAGCACCCGCACCGCUGGACAGCGCGGGCGGCUCCGCGGGGGCGGCGGCCGCUCCGCGCUUUCGCCGCAGCGGCGCGGCCAGCGCGCUCCGGGGGGCGGCUGUCCCCACGGCAUUCUCGGCCCCCAGGCCCGGGAUCUCCUGCCCCCCAGGAGAGGCUUGUCCGAAGAGCCGAGGGACAGUGCACGGGAGGUUUUGUUUCCUUCCCCGGCCACCGCACCGGCGGACAUUCCUCUGCAUUUCUUAAGGGAGAAAACUCGGCAAAGAAAGGGUAGGAAGAAAGGCAGUAGGGAAUGGGGGGAAAGUUAAUUGACUUACUUGCAGAGAGGUGAAGCUUUCCUGUGGCUCCCCUUGCACUUUGCACUGGAGACUUUUAGUCCACGCGAAGCUGUAGGAUGGAGCUAGAGCCCCCGCCCGAGCUCGCCUCAAUGCCCCUCGGGGAGAAUGGGAGUGUCCGCCUGGUGCCCGACACAGCCCUGCUGUCCCCGGGGAGAGGCACGGCCGUAUUCAUCAUCCGCUGUGUGAUCCCUUCUCUUUACCUGCUCAUCAUCACUGUCGGCUUGCUGGGCAACAUCACCCUCAUGAAGAUCUUCAUUUCCAGCAGCGCCAUGAGAAGUGUGCCAAACAUCUUCAUCUCCAGCCUCGCUGCUGGUGAUCUGCUCCUGCUAGUGACCUGUGUGCCUGUGGAUGCCUCCCGGUAUUUCUCCGAAGAGUGGCUCUUUGGAGAAGUAGGAUGCAAGCUCAUCCCUGUCAUCCAGCUGACCUCUGUUGGUGUCUCUGUCUUCACCCUUACCGCCCUCAGUGCUGACAGGUAUAAAGCAAUUGUAAAUCCCAUGGAUAUCCAGACCUCCAGUGCAGUGCUAUGGACCUGUCUCAAAGCCACUGCCAUCUGGGUAAUCUCCAUGCUCCUGGCAAUUCCUGAAGCAGUGUUCUCCGAACUGGCUCACAUCAAUGACACAGAUAAUGCCACUUUCACAGCGUGCAUACCAUACCCCAUGACAGAUGACAUGCAUCCGAAGAUCCAUUCUGUGCUGCUUUUCCUUGUGUAUUUCCUUGUUCCUCUUGUAAUUAUCAGUAUCUACUACUAUCAUAUUGCAAAGAGUUUAAUAAAAAGUGCUCACAACAUCCCUGGGGAGCACAGUGAGCAUUCCAAAAGACAGAUGGAAACUCGGAAGCGUCUGGCAAAAAUUGUUUUAGUUUUUGUUGGCUUCUUUGCUAUCUGCUGGUUUCCUAACCACGUGCUAUACAUGUACAGAUCUUUUCAUUAUGAUAAGAUUGAUCCAUCGAUGGGACAUAUGGUUGUUACCUUAGUGGCCCGAGUGCUAAGCUUCUGCAAUUCUUGUGUCAACCCAUUUGCACUGUAUUUCCUCAGUGAGAGUUUUAGAAGACAUUUCAACAACCAGCUCCGCUGCAGGAAGAAAGCUCAGAAAGAGAGAUCUGCCAGCUACUUGUGCAACUCUUCUGCCAUUCAAAUGACUUCCCUGAAAAGCAAUGCCAGGAACACAGUAACUACUAUGACACAACUGAAUGGGCACAACUUGAAACAAGAAAUGUCAUUAUGAUCAAAUGAGUGUGAUUUUUGACUCUGAAAAUAAUCUGAACUUUUCCUUUGCAGCUUGUAAGUCACUUUUGGCUCUUGUUCUUAGACAGUCCUCAGAAGAGAGGCUCUGUUAAAUUCUGGCUAAUCUGAGGUUGUUUCACAUUGUCUGACUCUUAGAAGUGAAGAAUAUGUUUUAUUGUCAAAACAAAACUGACUGACAUAAUAUUGUACUUUAAAGGAGAUGCUGAUAUAUGUUUAACAUAAAGCAAAGCAGUGUAUCUGAUAAAAAGUAUUGCUUUAAAAAGUCUAAAUUUUCUGAUAUGAAAAGGUGUGUUUUUAACUGAAUAUUGAUCCAGGCUUAUGUUUUGCUUUAAUAGAUUUUGCAUUACUUUAGCUCUGUGGUGUGUGUGCUAGUUUUGCUUAUUAAGACUGUUAGGCAUUUUGGAGUCCAUUAAACUUUUAUUUUUAAUUUAUUUUUUCUUUAAUCAGCUCACAUGUUAGCACAGGUAGUCAAAUAGACAUAAUGAAUGAAGCUUAUUGCCACUACUUAUAAAAGGCUGUUCAUAUAAAAGUUUGAAGGGGGGUGUCAGAGUUGAAUUUCCCUUUAUACAGUGGCAUAGAAUCUGACAAAUAAUCAUUCCCAAGCCAGGUGAGAGGUUAGCUUUCAUGUUUGAGCUCCGGAGGGAAGGUGUUCACAGUGUCUUUCUUAGAAGGGGCAGUAAUAGCGGACAAAGGCACCUUGUGGAAGUAGUUUUUUAUGGUCAGUUCAUGAGCCAAAUGUAAUUUUAAGUAUGUUUUUCUUUACAGUUGGGUGGAACUGCUCCAGCACAGAUCUGUCUCUGUCACAACACUGUAUCCUGUACUUCUGCAGUGACUUCUCUAAGGUGAAUACUAGAGAGUACACUAGAAAUUUAGAUUGGACUUUGGAAUUAGUUGCUAGUCUUAUAAUUUCAAAAGCUGAAGUGCUAAUGCAGUGUAUCAGUUCAUUGUUCCCUUUGCCCUUAAUAAUACACUUGCGCAUAUUUACUUCUGUUUGUAACUCUCUGAACCACUUGAAGAUCAAAAUUUCUUUUGAAAUUCCUCUUUCUUCAAGACUAGUUAUAUCCCUACACAAAUUUUUAAAGAAAUGAGAACUUAUAUUGAUGUAAACUGUAAGUGUUCUAGCUAAUUAUCUGGAAAAAUAAAACAUCCCUGGUUGCAACCACUCAAUAGGGAAAGUAACAGAUUUCUUAAUCUGUUCUUAAGAAGUUCUUAAUGUCAACCAGCCAGUGAGAUCUAUAGGAGAAUGUAAUGUAGUUAAAGUGGUAUGCAGCAUUCAAAUGAGAAAACUUAUUAAAUUCAGUUUAGACUGGCUCCAUAUGGCCUACACGAGCUGGUUGCAGUUGCCCCAUGACUUCAGUGGCUCCUUAGAAUUAUUUAUUGGAGGAGUGGCUCCUCUCUAUUUUACAGAGGAGCUGAUUAACAUGAACUUGUAAAUCUAUGUGGAAUGGUUUAGAAUCCCUGCUGUGGGAUGGGGAGGAGAAAUUUGAGGCACAAAAGGUACAUAUUAAGGGUUAAGAUGGUAAAAAUUUUCUAGAAACAGCAAUGAAAUAAGCAACAAACAAUAGCAACAAUAUUAAUAAGCGAGUGUUUUAAAAAUUAAUAAGAAGUGAAAGAUUCACAUGCAAUCACUUACCACAGGGAACUUAGCAUGACCCAGACCACUCACUUUGCCAUUGGCCUGACUGGAAGGAACCCAUCCCUCCCCUGCCCCCUUCUUUGGCAUGAGGUGGUAUAGAGUAACCUUGGGGUCCUGGUCAUGUCCCUCCUGACUACUGCAGAAAUGAACCCUUUUCUGGCUGGAACGAGGACACAUCCAUAACUGCCUGACAUUGCUUCAACCUCCUUUUUCUUCAUUUUGCCUCUUCUCUUUCUUCAAGCCUUUGUUUUGUGUGAGCCCACAUGUUCUCAGAACUACUUUUUAAUUUUAUAUCACUAAUUCUUCCUGGAUGCCAGACAAAGCUUUGGAUUCUGCUCUUCUGAUCAGUCUCGAGUGCUUUUCACUCACAAGUAUUUUACACCUGCAAAGCACUAAUGCUAAAAGUCUUCCUUUGUCAAUUCUUGAUGUUUAUCAUUGACUGUGGUCAAGUUUUCUGUUUAUUUCUGCUGGGGUUUUUGUGGUACCAUGCUCCUUAUUUUGCUUGACAAUCUUUCUACACUGCAUAGCCUUUCAUAGAACUUUGAAAUCCAUUACGGUUUUUAUUUCCUAAAUUAAUUUUUUUGAUGUGGACAUUACCAGAUGAUAUUUUUCCCUACUGGAAAAAUAAUAAUAUAAUUUGUAGUAAUUUGUAGUAGAUGUGAUGCUUCUGUUUGAUUCAUGCUCUCCACCCAAUGUCUUAAACUGCUGUGUGUGGUGUGAACAGUAUGAACCAGCUUUCUGGCAGAAUGGAAAGCUACAGUCUAUUCCUUUAUGUCGUAAGGCGAAGGUGUUCAGAGGUAGACUAUAACUCCUUCUUGUCAGGAAAUCAGGAUGGUUUUGCUUCAUUAUUUCCCAGACCUAAUAUUCAAAGUCUGUUUCAAGUACGUUAACUAAAUUUUAUAUAGGUCCUUUCAAAUUCUUGUAGUAUGGUGUGGGGGAAUUAGUUAAUCUGUCUUGAGCUUUACUAGGCAUGUUGCUAACCCAGUGUACACAUUUUAGAAGUGUCUGUUAGUGUGCUUCUGUACCUGUUGUAUAUAAGCUGUAUGUGUAAAGCUGUUUUCAGACAACUCUGCUUGCUAACAAUUAAAAUGAAUGUAGAAUGCAUUUUAUGAAAUAUUUUCUUCUAACUGUAGUUGAUGGAACAAAGAAAAUAUGUAAAUAAGAUCAUGUCAGCUUUUCAUAUACUACAUUGAAACCUAUGCCAAAAUAGUUGUUAAAAUGCCAUCUGUUUUUUUUUUCUGUUAUAAAAAUUUUCUUAUUUCAGAAAAAUCAGUUAUUUUCUCUCUUCC